UAGUUUCACCUUCCCCGAAGCGGAAUAAACACCGUUCUGCGAAUCGUUUCCACCAUCGUACGAAGUAGGAAGUUGAAAUUUCCCCCGUGGGAAAUCUGCGGUCACCGUGCGAAGAGCCCGAAAAUCAAAGCGAAGGAAAUUACAGGCGGAAAUCCUAUCGAGACCCGAAGCCUCCCGGAGCGGAACAAGCAACAGUGCUGAUCAGUGUCAUCAACGUCAUCGCCGGUCAAGCCAGCCAACCGUGAAAACGAAGAAAAACCAGUGCCCAAGAGUGAAAAGUAGCCUACUGUGUUACCGAACGGAACAACAUUCGCAGACGGACUGCUUUGAUCCUGUUGUGCACUGUGCGGAAGAAAUGUAAUUCCACUGAAAAGUGAAAGUGAAUGUGGAGAAGGAAGGAACAAAUCGCAGUCUUGAGUGACGAUAAGAGUGUUUUCCUUUUUGAGAAUGACGCAGCUUUGAUGUGGCUAUUUCUAGGAUAAAUUCUGUGGAAAUUGGAAAGACUUUACACAUCAAUUUAUAAAAUCCAAAGACAGUGUUUUCCAAGAAGUGUGAAAUAAGAUUUUCACGUGUACUAAUAUUCACAAUUUUUAUUAAAUUAAAUCGAAAAUCUGAUUUCGACCUAGUGCUUUAUAGCUGUUUGAAAAAAAAAGAAGUUAAAACUCGAUUGGCAUCAGAAAAUUUCCAAAACAGACUUCAGCCUGCCUUCCUUUGUUCAAGCUUGUAUGGAUUUGCCACAGCCAACUUCAACAAUCCUGACCGAUAAUAAUCGAAGAAGAAACAUACGGUUCCCUCUCUAAACCCGCAUCUCAACGCACGCAUUUUCCGAACGCAUCGAAGCAAGCCGAAAAUCCCGAUGCCGUUAUUUACGUUUCCCAUCGAUACUCCUCGGUCUCUGCCGGUGAUGGUGCUGACGUUGGGGCUGAUGCUGUUGGGACCGGAUCUUAGCCCAGUUCACGGCCUCCGGUGCUAUUCCUGCAGUGUGACGGCCAAUUCCGGUGACAAACGAUGCAUCAGCGAUCCGGGCAGCGUCGAGGGGCAGAGUGUCGUCAACUGCAAUCGAAAGUACUGCACCAUUCAACGACAGGAAAUGCUGGAUCCACCGGACAAAAUUAACACGUUUCUGCGAGGCUGUGAAGAGGAUCCACUGUUCCUGAACGACGUACUUGAGGAUUCAACCUUCCGGACGUAUUAUCGUUCGUGUUCCACCGAUUUAUGCAAUUCCGGAGACGGACUGGAAACUUCCACUGGAUUUUCCGGCUUGGACACGGGAGCAUCGGAGAAUUUGCUCGUUCCAGGAUUGAUAGGCUCUGCUCCCAUCACCGGCAUCGGAAGCAGCGGUGGCUGUUUACUCGUGCUGUCGUUGUUUGUUUCAAUAAUGGCACUGAUUCGCGGAACGGUGAUUGCGUAAUAAACAAUCAUAAAAACUGAUCCUCUCAUAAAAAAGUGAUAUUAGGCUGAGACGAACCGGAUAUUAAAAUUCUGAAGCAAUCUGUCUAGGUA